UGAUUACUUCCAAAAACACAAAAAAUAAAAAUAAAAAUCUCACACACUUUCUCGCUCUCACUCUCUCUCUCUAGAAAAACUCUCUCUCUCUUCUAAUCUAUGCCGCUUAGAGACACAGAAUCCGAAGCACGUUUCGGAAAUUCGGUGACGGUUUCGGAGGUUUCGGACAGUGUGAAAUAGAUAAAAAAGUGCUUGGAUUGUACGGAACUUUACUUCUUUGUCUUGAGUCGGUUAUGGCUGGGAACGAGAGCUUCGAAGCUCUCCGAGUAGAGAAUUCGAAGUCACAUGAAGUAGUAGUAGAAGAAGAAGAAGAAGAAGAAGAGUACGAAGAAGAUCCAGAGGAGGAAGAAGUUGAAGAAUCAGAGGAGGAUGAAGAGGAUGAACGAGAGGAAGAGCCACUAGGUGAGUUGGAACUCAGUGAGUUACAGAGCUCAGCACCGCUUGGUGAACCUAAGUUGGGAGAGUCUCAAUUCGAAACCCUAGCGCCGUCUUCUUCGUCGCUUCAGUCAUCACUGAAUGAUCACUGUGCUGUCUUGGCGGUGAAUUCUACUUCGCAGUCGCUUGGCGGAGCUGAAGUCCAGGAUCAAGUUGGGGUGUCCCCACAGGAAGCUUUGGCAAGUGCAACAGCCCAGCUUGUUGAUGCUCAGACACAAAAUCAGUAUCAGGUGGCUGUAUGUCCAACUUCUCCGUCUGAACUAUCACCAACUUCUGUUACACAAUCAAUUUCAUCUCUCCCAAGCCCAACUCUUCUAGAACGGAGACUUUCACCAGUGAAAGUCAAUGAUGAAUGCACACCAAACUCAAACCUGCAAGUGUCUUCUGACUUGAAACCUAUGUCAAGUGUUCCUGUUGUGAAGACACCAUCUUCUGAUGGUUACAACUGGCGGAAAUAUGGUCAGAAGCAAGUGAAGAGUCCUAAAGGUUCUCGAAGCUAUUACAAAUGCACCUUUUCUGACUGUUCUGCAAAGAAAAUUGAAUGCUCUGAUCACUCAGGUAGGGUAAUAGAGAUUGUUUAUAAAAGCCAACAUAGUCAUGAUCCACCUCGGAAGUUUAACUGUACGAAAGAAAAUAAGCUUGCAUCGUCUACUGAGCUAGUUGUAGCGAGUAGUGUUACAGAGCAUCCCAUUCAAAUGCUAAAUAAAUCAGAGCCACCCACAGCUUCAAAAGAAACUAUAAAAGAAACGCCCUUGAUUUCUGAGAGAAAACGACAGAACUCUAGUGACUCCAAUGGGAAUUGUGAAACUAAGAUCAAGGAGGAGCAUGUCAACGAACCAGAGCCAAAAAGAAGAGUGAAGAAAAGCAACUUGGCGAAUUCAGGUUCUAUAAUAAAACCCGGCAAGAAACCUAAAUUUGUUGUGCAUGCAGCAGGAGAUGUGGGGAUUUCAGGUGAUGGAUACAGAUGGCGCAAGUAUGGACAGAAAAUGGUGAAGGGAAAUCCCCACCCCAGAAAUUGCUCGAAUGAUAUGAGGCCCCGUUGCUCAAAUGAAGUAAGUAUUGUCUUCAGUAUGCCUCAUGCUAUGAAUGUAAGUCUGGUGUAAAAAAAAACUCAUUUUCAUAUAACCUCUGUUGGAAACAAUAUGUAGGACUGAAUCUGAUUUCAUAGGUCCUUGGUAAGUUGUGGCUUUUAAGUUUAAUAAAUAAAUAGUCAUUAGGUUUCUUGGAUUGUCCAAUAGAAUGAGACACUGAGAAAUCUAUCAUUCAACCAUUAAUUCCCAUUUUUUUUCAAGGUAAAACAACUAAUGCUCCCAUACUCAUAAGUAAUAAAAAUAUAUUAAAAAGAAGGGUGUCACCUAAGUAUACAAAAAGUAGCCUCCAAUAUAUGUUUAUGAGGGAGGAUAUGCCAUUUGAUCCAAAAUAGAUUAACUAGGGGAAUGUGAUAUAUAUAUAUAUAUAUAUCUCAAGUACCAAGUACAGGAUGACCGUUGGAAAUCAUACCAUGCAAGUACCAUUGUAUUACUUAGAAAAUCAGCAUGUGGCUAAGAAUUAUUACUGUCCUGCUUUUUACUCCAAAAGCCUCCUGUUCAGCAGGUUUUACAUCAUUGGAUUUGCAUACUUCAUGUUUUGUCUUUCCCAAAUUAAAUGUUCUUUGCGAAAUAUGGUUUGGAUUGUCAUGGAGUAAAAGUUUUCUCUCAUGGAGUGAGAUGUACCACCUUUUGGUGGGAUUUUCUCAGUAAGUUGCUGCACUGAUCAAAGUGGAAAGCAGCCAAUGCAUGUAACCAAUUCCAAAUCCUCCAAGUCCAAUUUUUCACCAGAUUUGUAUUUUCCAAUUGAAAUUAAUCU